AUUGAUUAUUGGAAUGCUUCAUUCAACGAUCCUUCAACUGGCGUUGCACUUCUCGUGAUCCACUUUCCAACGUUCUUCGGGCGCCUUCUCCCUCAACUCUCUCCCCUUUGGCCCUCCUUGUUCCGGUUUAACCAGCAACCAUGAGGGAAAUCCUGCACAUUCAGGGCGGCCAGUGCGGCAACCAGAUUGGUGCCAAGUUCUGGGAGGUCGUGUGCGAUGAGCACGGCAUUGACCCUACUGGGACCUACCAUGGGGACUCAGAUCUACAAUUGGAGCGCAUCAAUGUGUACUACAACGAGGCCAGCGGUGGACGCUAUGUCCCCCGCGCUGUUCUCAUGGAUCUGGAGCCUGGCACCAUGGACAGCGUCAGGUCUGGGCCUUAUGGCCAGAUUUUCAGGCCCGACAAUUUUGUGUUCGGACAGACUGGAGCAGGGAACAACUGGGCUAAGGGUCACUACACAGAGGGUGCUGAGUUGAUUGAUUCCGUGUUGGAUGUUGUACGCAAGGAAGCGGAGAGCACAGAUUGCCUGCAAGGUUUCCAAGUGUGCCACUCCCUGGGUGGAGGCACAGGGUCAGGCAUGGGAACACUUCUCAUCUCCAAGAUUCGCGAGGAGUACCCCGACAGGAUGAUGCUCACCUUCUCAGUCUUCCCCUCUCCUAAAGUGUCUGACACCGUGGUGGAGCCCUACAACGCCACCCUCUCCGUCCACCAACUUGUGGAGAACGCUGACGAGUGCAUGGUCCUGGAUAACGAGGCCCUGUACGAUAUCUGCUUCCGGACCCUGAAGCUCACCACCCCCACAUUCGGCGACCUGAACCACCUGAUCUCUGCCACCAUGAGCGGCAUCACCUGCUGCCUGCGUUUCCCUGGUCAGCUCAACUCCGACCUGCGCAAGCUGGCCGUCAACCUGAUCCCCUUCCCCCGCCUCCACUUCUUCAUGGUCGGCUUCGCCCCCCUCACCUCCCGCGGCUCCCAGCAGUACCGCGCCCUCACCGUCCCCGAGCUGACCCAGCAGAUGUGGGACGCAAAGAACAUGAUGUGCGCCGCUGACCCCAGGCACGGGAGGUACCUCACCGCCUCCGCAAUGUUCCGUGGCCGCAUGAGCACCAAGGAGGUGGACGAGCAGAUGCUGAACGUGCAGAACAAGAACUCGUCCUACUUCGUGGAGUGGAUCCCCAACAACGUCAAGAGCAGCGUGUGCGACAUCCCCCCCAAGGGCCUCAAGAUGUCGUCUACCUUCAUCGGCAACUCGACCUCCAUCCAGGAGAUGUUCAAGCGCGUCAGCGAGCAGUUCACGGCCAUGUUCAGGAGAAAGGCGUUCCUCCAUUGGUACACGGGCGAGGGCAUGGACGAGAUGGAGUUCACUGAGGCCGAGAGCAACAUGAACGAUCUGGUCUCUGAGUACCAGCAGUACCAGGAUGCUAGCGCAGAGGAGGAGGGAGAGUACGAGGAGGAGGAGGGUGCGGAGCAAGAGGCAUCUUAGGUGUACGCAAGUCAAGCAGUGCAUAACCAGAUGCGUUUCAGUUCCUACUAUCAGAUGAGACUUGUUAUCAAGGGAGAUCCGAUCUGAUUUGAUACGAUGUCUAGGCUCCCACCAUUCUUUCUGGAUUGUCGUUGGAACAGUUCUUUAUGCUGAUCAAACAUUUGCGAGCGUCAACAUUUCGACAAUUCAUUUUGUUGCAUAAUGUGUUUGCUUCAAGCCUGAGUUUUACACGUCAGCAAUGCAGGUUCCGCAGACCACUGUGCGCUGCCAGACAGUCUCGCUGCCGCAUACGCUCGUAAGAUGCAAAAAGUUCGUUGGCACAUUGAAGCGACUCAUUCUUGUGGCCCCCGGCG